AUGCUGCGUUUCCAGCUCUUGUUAGUGCUGGUUCUAGCCCUGCCAACUGGGGUGCUGGGGAUAGGAACGACGAGUAUCCUAAGCGAAUUAAAGAAUCUUCCCGCUUGUGGUGUAGGUUGCCCGUUUGAUUUCUUACUUAUCAACGAUACCCCGUGCGAUAUAUUCAACGCGACUUGCAUCUGCACCGACCCAACCUUCCACGAUGCUGCGCAAAACUGUAUCACGUCUAAUUGCCCUGCCCAGGAGGCUCUGAACGUCAGCAAGGCCGAAACGAGGCUCCUUUACUCCGUGUUCUUGGUCCUCGGAAAGUAUACUGGAUAUCUGGCCUUCGGGAUCGACAUGUGGAAUUUGGAGUAUGAGACGAUUACUACUGCUCUGAAGUACUUCUACAUUUGCGAGAGUUUCUAUAUCCUCGGUCUUGCUUUAUGCAAGGUUUCCGUCUUGUUCUUCUACCUCCGCAUCUUUCCCUGUCACAAAUUCUUAAUAGCGACAUACAUUUCCAUGGCUAUCAUUAUGGUACCAUCCGUCGUUCUCAUCUUCGUACAGAUAUUCCAAUGCAAGCCGAUCCACUGGGUAUGGCAUGGCUGGCGGUUUGCCUACUAUAGAGACCGGUGCAUGGAUAUACACACAAUCACCUUCGUUGCUGCGGGUCUCAACAUCUUCCAGGACUGUGUGGUACUCCUUCUACCACUCCCAUCUGUAUUCCGGCUGAAGAUGGAGAAAAAAUCAAAAUGGGGCAUCAUCGUCAUGUUCAGUCUGGGAAUCUUCGUCACAAUCACUUCUUGCAUAAGACUGCGCUAUAUUUCAUUAUUCGGUCGAUCCGCCAAUCCAACGUGGGAAUAUCCCGAGGUCCUCAACUGGACAGGAAUUGAACUCUCCGUUACCAUCAUUGUAGCGUGCUUGCCUGCGAUGUGGGUUCUUCUGAAGCACUUCUUCCCGUGGAUCGGGACGACCGUAUCGAGUGGGUACAACAAAGAUAAGACGUCAGGCUCAAAGGGCGCAUUACGGACGACCAGGGGCGGUGAAAGCCAGAAAGGGUACUUUAAGACCAAGAGUCGUCACAGAAGGAACGAAAGCCAAGUUGAGCUUGGGUACGAGAUGGAGUUGGGGGAUAGAUCGCAAGGCGACGUUCAGACCUUGGUAUCUAAGGACCGGAGUUCUCGCCAAGACCAGCCGCGCAGAGUGCUGGAAAGAAAUGAUGAUGGAAUCAUGGUUGUGAAAACGGUUACAACAACCUCAAGAUCGUGUAGUUGA